CUCUCUGUCUCCCCACUCAUUUCCUCUUUGCAGCCAACGUACAGAAAAAGGUAUAAAGAGGAAGGAGCGAUUGUGACGGAAGGACUGACAGAAAAGUGGGGCACACAACACUCGAGAUCAACCGACUGUUUCGACACACUGCUCGGGGGACACUAAAACUACAAAAUGAAGACCUUUCUUCUGCUCAUCCUCUCAAUGAUGGCAGUUUGCGUGGCCUCAUUAACAGUGACGGGAUGCCAAGAAGGAUGGGUUGAAUUCACCUGCGAUUAUCCUGAAGAACCUGAAGAAGAAUAUCACAGUAUUGUUGUAAAAGGGCCAAAUAGCAGACGCAUCCCAAGUACUCUACAAGAUCAGUGGGAAAAUAGAGGCAGCGUUUCCCUGUACCAUAACACAUAUAAAAAAACACUCAAGGUGGCCAUCAAAAACCUAAAACCUGAAGACUUUGGAGAGUACAAGUGUCAAUUUACAACAUCAUCAGAUGAGGAGGAGGUAGAAGUUGGUAAGUUGGUAAGAAGUGUGGCAUCUUUUUUCUCUCAUGCCCUUUGUUAGAUCACAAUAUUUUUUUUAUAAAAAGCAACAACAAUAGGAUGCAUAGUGUGUCAGGAGGAGGGUCAGAGGACACGGGAAGCUGGUAGUCAAAAAAAUAUUCAAAGAGAAAAUGUCUUUUGGUUUUAUAUUAUAAGCACGUCUAUACUGCAUGACAACAGAAACCAAAGUUUGGUGAUUGAUUUGAAAGAACUAAUGUGUCACACAUGCAGAACAUACAGGUAUACAGACAAUACCUCCAGGAUUUUUAUAUCAAAUUCCACAUUGAGUCAAGCCUCUCUACUAUUUUAAGUCAAAACAAGUGAAACAAAGGGUCAAUUUAUUUUCCAGGAAGACACAUUGUCAAGUCAUGACAGAUAUACUAGAAAGAUUUUACAUGUUUGUGUUUCUUCUUUGAAUUGCAGAGGAAAACAGCUGCCAGAGACAAUCUAUUCAAACUGCUUCAACAAUAACUGACAUCACAUGUAAUUAUCCAGCAAAUUACAUGUCAGGUGACCAAUUUUUCUGCAAAGAGAACGAUUAUACCUGUGAGGAUAUUUCAAACGAGAGAUUCACUCUCACAGAAACACACAGUAGCUUGAAUAUAUCCAUCAAUCACGUGUCCCCAAGUGACACUGGUGUCUACUGGUGUGGAGUCAAAAGAGAAAAGUACCGAGCUGCACUCACACGAAUACAACUGGAGGUCAAAGGUCGCUCUGCGUUGACUAUAAUCAUUGCUGUGGUCGUCUGUGCAGUUCUGCUGGUGCUUGUGCUAAUUUUGGUUUUCAUCCACAAACGAUAUCAGCAUUCAAAAAACACAGUAAACAAAAACGCUCAGAACGACCAAGAGGAUCCUGCCUAUGAAGAGAUACAGGAGCGCCCCCGGGAGCCAGACUCAGGAACUGCAAUCAAAACCAUCUAUACCACUGCCAUCUUUGACACAAACACCUCUCCUGGCAUACAUCAUUACUCCAACUCCUGCGUUAAGAACAGCUCUGUUGAAUUUAAUGAUGGUGACCCAUAUUCUACAGUAAACAACAAUGACCAACACCCUGUCUACUCAACUCUCAAUCACCCAUCAGGACUUUCUGAAGACUGAUGCUAUAGUACGGUCAACAAACCAUAGCAGCCCUGAGAAAAGUCCCGACGGUUUUCACCACCUUCAUUUCUAUGAUUCCUGUUCUAUUGAAAACAGACCUUUAGAAAUUACAGGAGUCCUAGUAUUGUUUAUAGUACCUGAUUAUAAGUUUUCAGUUCUGUAACCAAUAAUGCAGCUCAACAUCAACUUCCACCUCAAAAAGGACUGCAGAAGAAAAAUUCCAAGUUAACAAUAUGCACGUAAUAGUUGAUAUGAUUUACAGUGUACAUAUAAAAUAUGAAGAGUUAAUUUUGCAACAACAGAUAAGCAUUCUUAAAAUGAAUAAACCAACACCAGUCUGAUUGAUAUUCCCUGAUGGGCACCAAAAUAAUACAAAAACAAAGAAGAAGAGAAAAUAUAUCAAAUAUGGUGUUAUGCUAUUGCCGUUGUUUUGUUGCAAAUGAACCCUUAAUAUGUAUGAGAUGUUGUAUAUAUGUUAUAUAAUAGUUAUACAACUUUACAUUUAUAAUAAUUGCAUGAGAUAUAUACAGGUAUUCUAGACAGUGAGUGAAAUAUUCACCAUUUUAAUCAAUCAUUUGGUAUUCUUACAGUUAUUGAUGUUGUUGCUUUAGCUUGUGCUGAAUUUAUGAUAUUAUUAAAGGGGACAAACUCUACUAAUGUCUCUGGUCUGGUCUUGAUUAGGGGCGAGGUUAGAUACGCCACAACGUGAAUAAAUCUGUAACUGUGGAGUUGAUCUGAAUUAAAGAUUACAUGGGAAAGUGUCACUGAAUCAAUUACAUUUAUUUAUGGCUUCAUGCUUCUAUCAGCAUAACGAGGAAAGGCUGACGUAUCAUAAAAUGUUGUUAAUGAACUCAACAGUAAACUUUUAGGUUAAGAUUAGCAGCGGAACAUGUUCUCCGUUAAAUAUUGAAACUAUUGAAAACUAAAGCCGUAACGUAAGCCAAAGUACUCUUGACGCCUGAAUGUUACCACAGGAUGGAUGCUACUGACAAAGUCCUAUAUUUCAUGUGUUCACCAUCCACCCUGGCCACUUCUCUACAGCUACUGUGUGCACGCUAAAGCAGCUAUUAAUGCGCUUAACAUAGCUGCCAUGGAACAUAAUCCCACCAGCAUUUUCUUAAAAAGCAUAAUCGACAAAACACAUUAGUAAGCCAUAAACUUAAUAUCUAGGCAAAAGGGUUGAGACGCAAUUGUCAGGAGUAAAACCAAUCACUCAAGUACUCUGUUAUAAUACAUAACGAAGCACAAACAGAUGAGAUCAAACAAAGAAUAAAUCAGGAAUCAGGAACAAGGAACAAACGCUCGCAAUAUAAGAAAGUACAGGAAAGGUGAGGCAAAAAUUGCUUAAACAUAUACUGUAAUUACAUCAUGUUAACUCUUGUGGGCAAAAGCAAUAAAACACGCAUUAACAAUUUAAAUUCCAGGACAAAGAUGGAGAUCAACGUGCGAUGCUUGUAAUGUGAAGCUGCAGCAGUAGGUCGUAGCAUUUCAGUUUGCAUUAGCAGUAUAUGAGCGCAGCGCUCUACAAACAGUGAUCGUCUAUUCAUGUAAAAAGCCAGUUUACAGGUUAUUGAUGGUGUUGUUGCAAACUUAUUAGUUAGUGUAAAAACAUCACAGUAAACUUUCUCACCACGUAAAUGUGUGAAGUUUCUGGUGAAGCUGAGAACAACUUUGAUCUAACAACAGCCUCAUAACUACAGUCACACAGGCCAAAAUGUUUGGGGACGCAACAAAGUGACUCAUACCCAAAAGUGAAGCUUAAAGGUUGCUUGGAUAACCGUGACAACAUACAAAUAGGACUAAAGACAAACAUGGCAAUUCGUUUUGUUCACGAUGACCAGGGAUUUCACUAUGUUGAUUAACAGAGAGAAAGACAGUCUCAGUUCAUGUUGAGGCCUCAGUUUAAAGUGAAGCUGGGACUGUUUGAGUUGGUGCUGAUUUACAAACCUCUGUGACAGUGAAAGGAGGAGAGAGGAAGAUAUGAACGGGGGAUGGGUAACUUUGACGUAACUAAAAUUAUCAUUUCAGGAAACACGGCUGUGCAGAUGUUGAAAUCAACCAACAAACAAAAAGGAGGAACUGACAAACCUGCCAGGAGUUUAAAAAGUUUCAAUAGUUUAACUAAAGAUUUCGGCAUCUGAGAUCAUCAAAAUGAGGAGCAUUCUUUUUCUCCUCAUCUUCUCACUGAUGAAAGGUUGUGAGGCCAAGUCUAAACCGAAGGGAUGCCCAGAGGGAUGGGCUGACUUUGCCAACAAAAAACCUAAAUGGUUUGGAAGUAAUAAAGCUGAUCCCAGCAGAACAGACAUUCGAAGUACUAAGAGGGAUGAAUGGGAAAACAAAACCAACAUUUCCCUGUAUCUUGAUGCACUAAAUAAAAAACUCACAGUGGCCAUUAAACAAUGCAAUUGUACAUGCACAUCUGACAGAGAGGAACUGAUAUUAGUAGUUGAGAAAGAUGGCUGCCCGGGACCAUUUAAACAAACUGCGUACACAACAGCUAAAACCACCAUCACAUGUGAUUAUCCAGGAGAGAAAAACAAGUCCAGUGUCCAGUUUUUCUGCAAAGACAACAAAUCUACCUGUGAAGAAAUUUUAUCAACAAAAUCUUCUUCAAAGUCAAACGGGACAUUCACUCUCGCUGAAACCAGCAGUGGCUUCAGCAUAUCCAUCAGUAAUGUGUCCAAAGGUGAUGCUGGUGUCUACUGGUGUGGAGCGAAGACAAGUGAUGGAUGUUGCCGAGCUGCACUCAGAAGUAUAAAACUGAAGGUUGAAAGUAUCACGUUCUUCAAAAAGUUUCCAACUAUUGGACAGGAUUUUACAUACUACUGCACUUCUCGUAAUGAUACUCUGACAGGGAUAUUCAUCUGUAAGGGAGAAGAUCCAUCUAUAUGUCAACCUCUAGUAAACAGCACACAGCCCGACAAAACUGGGAAGUUUUCCAUGGAGACUUCAGAGUCCAAUGGUCAAAGGUCAAAGACCGAUUUCAACUUCAGCAUAACAGUGAGAAAAGUGACAGCAAACGACAGUGGGAUAUACUGGUGUGGAGCAGAAAGCAAAGACAAAACACGCAGCAAUCUGUUCUUCCACAAAUUCUCCAUGACUGUAGCACCAACACCAACACCCACACCUGCUAAGGAUAAUGACAGCCCUCAUGUGCUCAUCACUGUGACUGUCUGUGUAGCUGUGCUGCUGCUGUUGCUGUUUGUGCUCAUUUUAAUCCUUAUCUACAAAAGAUUUACUCAUUCAAAAAACACAAGAAAUGGAGCGAGAGCACAGUACAUCAAAGAGGAUUAUAUCUAUGCGGAGAUACAAGAGCGCGUCCAGAAUCCAGACAAAGGAGGUGUAGUGAACACGGUUUAUGCCUCUGCCAACUGUCCCACAAAUCCCUCUGACUCGCUGCAUUACUCCACCCUCACCUUUAAAAACUGCUCCAACAAAGCUGGUGGUGAUGAAAUGACCAUCAAAUCCAGAUCUGCCUGUGAAUACUCAACUGUGAAGUACAAUGAGAGUCCAGUCUACUCUUCCAAGGAACCCUCCAGAUCCUCACAGGAUCCACUCUACUCAACAGUCACAACAAACAGUAACAGUGAGGAAAGAUCGGCCCUGUCAGGGAUUUAUGAGGUUUACUAAAUUUAUGGCCAAGUUUAUAAGAAUUACUUCAAGAUUUUUAGAUGCUGGACUCUGUCAACUUAAAUCCCAGUUCUCAGAAGGCACACAGGAUUCACUUAAUCACCCAUGAAUCACAAAGGCUUGGUGACAGGAUGAUGUAUAAUGUCUAGAUGAGCCCUUCAUAGACUGUUUCAAUCUAUAUUAAAACUUCAACUUUGUAAACAUUUUCCUGAUGGGUUUAUGGUCUCAAUCUCUAGUUUCUAGUCUUCUUCAAUGUAGCAUGAUUUUCAUUUUGUUCCAUUAGUAUACAUUUAUGUAACAUUACUGGCUAGAAAAGUCACUUGAGGAAGCGCUUUAAAAUAUACCUGUAACAUACAUCACUGUCCAUCAUGUAGCCUAAGUUCUCAUUUCUGUAUAUCGCUUUCAAAUGUAUAUUUCUCAAUUUCACAUUUUGUAAUCAAAUCUAAAUAAUGUUGGACACAUCCAUUUGCAUUUCAAUUUUCUGUAGAAACAUAGUUUUGUAUAUUUGCAGUAGUUACUCAACAAUUUCUGAUUGUUUUCUAUUUAACAACCAAAGUAGCAGGUAAUAUAAUCAUUAAUUAUACAUUGUAUGAAAUAUAUUGUCAUGCUAUUUGGAUUGCGGUGGUGUGGACAGUGGGAGUCCUAGCUUGCAUGACGCCCUGUGCGAACCUCACCUUAGCCUUUUAUUUUAUUUUAUAUUUACUCAAGCAUUUUAUUAUCCAUAGUAUUUUAUUGUUUUUUGUAUAUUGUAUAUUGUGUUUUUGUUCUAUUGCUGCCGUCGCCAUCACGCUCCGCUUCCCAAGGUGUCCCGUCUUGCCGGAAGAUUCCCGCCCUGCUACGCCACGCCUCUUGGGGUAUUC